UUCCAUGGAAAACUUGCGUCUAUUUGCGUUGACCAGUUUUUCGUUAAAUUAUGUUUCGUUGUUUUAUAGAUCGUUUAUCGUUAUUGCGUCUGUAUAGUUUUGUGUCACGUCCAAGAUGGCCGUUAGCCCAUUCAAUUGCCUCGUUGCAAUCAAAACGUUGUUUUGCUGCAGAAUGCAAGAGCUCUGUCGAGCGAAAUGGUCUCGUGUUGGGCGUUUACCAAGAGGACUGCAGCAAAUACGAGUUUUCCGAGGAAGCCGUCAAGUUCAACGACAAACUCAGUGGGCUGUUAGGUGAGCUGUUAUCGGCAUCUCCUAUACAGCCGGGAGACGCGCGGUUAUUCAACAUAUCCGACAAAGACUACCGUAACGUAGCGAUAGCCAAUGUAGGGGAAAGAAACGUUGGUUACGAUGAAAACGAACAGCUAUACGUUUCCAAGGAGAACAUCAGACAAGCUUUUGGCAAGGCGACGGUACUAUUGGACAACGAAGGGUGUAAUAAAAUAUUCGCUGAUGGUCUGAACAGCCCGGAAACCGUAGCUGAGGCCGCCGUGUUGGCCGCUUGGAAGUUCGAAGGAAUCAAGACGAUGGCUCAUCAACCAGCCAUGGCGAGUAUCGAACCAUACAACAAGGAUCAUAAGGACUCAUUCGACAGGGGUACGAUUUUCGCCAAAGCGCAGAACGUCACUAGGAUGCUGACCGAGAUACCGGGUAACGUGUUAACACCAACCGUUUUUGGUGAAUGCAUCGUAAAGAACUUGCACGGCAGGCAAAUAACAGUGGACGUACACGACCGCGACUGGAUGGAAUCGAAAAAGCUAUUCGGAGUGUUGGAAGCGGCCAAAGGAUCCUGUGAGCCUCCUCUGUUCGCAGUGAUGAGUUACUGCGGCGGUGAAAACGUCAAGCCGCUGGCGCUGGUCGGUCAUGCCACCACGUACGACACGGGUGGCAUUUGCAUGCGCGACUGUCACGAUAUGGUCGACAAAAAGCGGCACGUUGCAUCUGGUGCUACAUUGGUGGGCCUCAUGAAAGGAAUCGCCGAACUAACGUUGCCCGUCAACGUGUACGCGUACGUACCGCUGUUUGAAAACGGUACGUCCGGCUCUGGUAUUAAGACAGCGGACACGUAUUACGCGCUCAACGGCAAGUCUGUCAACGUGGAUAACACCAAGUUCAUAAGUCGGCUCGCUGUAGCCGACACUAUCACGUACGCCUGCAACACUAAACCGGAGGCACUAAUCAACGUGUGCACGUUGUGCGGCGUCACACACCGCGUGUUUGGCGAGUUGGCUGCGCCCGUAUUUACCAAUCAAAUGCAAUCUUGGGAGCAAGUGAAACUAGCCGGUGCGAUUACCGGUGACAGGGCGUGGCUGUUACCUUCUUAUGAGCGAAAAACUCACAUGAUAACUCGCGAUGAGGUAGCCGACGUGGCCGUGAUGGGCGAAGGAGGCGUUAAAUUAGACGAUCUCGGCAAAAGUGCGGCCUUUGUCGCCCAAUUCGUCACUGAUCCUAAAUUAAACUUCACGCAUAUUGACAUAGGUGGUGUGUAUUGUAACACCGAUGAGGUCACUUAUCCUUAUCUCAGAAAACAAUACGCCACGGGACGACUAACCCGAACUCUUUUGCAAAUGAUUUAUCAAAUGUACUGUCCACACAGUGUUCCCAAAAAGUAAUCAUUUUUUCAACUACUUGUUUUUUUAUUUUAUACUCUUGUUUUUUUUAUCUCUAUUUUUAAUGCAAAUAUAUUAUUUUAUUUUUACGUUUUUCCAUAAUAAGUGUUAUAUUCUAAAAUAUGUUUAAUGUUACUAUCAUAAAUGAUACUUUUGUACAUUGAGAGAUAAUUUAAGAAAUAAAUUCAA